AACUAACCCUUAAGCAAACCAUGAAUAGUAAACUUUAGAAUUAUUUAAUCGUAUAUGGGGAUGAAGAAGCACCUUAAACAGAAACAGUAAAGCAACAAAAGAACAUGGAAAAUGAAUGUAAUAUUUUUCCAAGAAAACUUCAUUAUGAUAUUAGUAUGUCCAAAAGAACAAGAAAAAGUACGCCAUUGAAUAUCAAAGAAGAAGCUAUCAAAAGUCUCCAACACCCUGAAGAAUUGGUCAAUGCAAAUGUGAAUGUAGAACAAGAAGAAAAAGGAGUAAUUAGCAAUAAAGAGAAAGAAGAAGACGACGAUAAGAAGAGUUUGAAGCAGUUGAUAGAAGGUAGAGGCACUUCAUUGGGACACCAUUUCACAGAAGAAGAAAGGCAACUUCAAAUGGUUGUAAAACCGCCAGAGAAUGGAAUGAAAUUCAAGCAAAUGGUGAGUCGUUAUGCUAAAGUUUUAAGCCAUAUGAUUAAGCUUAAGAGAAAGAAGCCUGCAGGUUACAGAUUGAAGAUGCAAGUCCAUAAUAAACCUUGAUCUAUUUAAUUGGUCGAGCUUGUAUGCAUUGAGGUCUUUUCUGUUUUGAUUUAAAGAAAAAACUUUUUAACAUGAUCUUCA